AAAAACAAAACUGAAGCAACAAUGAGGAGUAACGUUAUUUAUCCGGAUUCCCUGGACGAAACAAAGUCCAUGGGCUCGUACCUAUCCCAUGAGUCCUUGCGGGGUUUUCAGGAAAUUGUCCGGAACAACGCCAGAGAAUCCUCAUUCCACAGGGUAUUAAAAUACUGGAAAAUGAUUCUGAUAAUUCUAAUUCCAGUCCUAGCUCUUCUGUAUCUUACUACUAACAGUCUCCUGAAGGCUUCUGAAGUUAAAAAAUCGACUGUUAGCGCAAUUACGGAAGUCACGAGCGCUAAGAAGUUAGCGAAUUUAAUUCAGAUGUUACAACGAGAAAGGGGUAUUUCGGCCACGUUUCUGAGCGCCAACGGAAACAGAAGUCAAGCAUCGGACGCCAUGUUUGCGGCGAGAGAAAAUACGGACUUGGCCUUUGUUGAUGUGCAAGAGCAUGGUAAUACUGUUGACAUGAAUGGGACUCCAUACACCAUGUUAAUGCUCAGAGAAAGCGUGUACUUCGCGCGAGAAAGGAUAGGCAAUGAUUCCGUUCUUGUCGAAGAUCAUUUAAACUUCUAUACGGAUUUGAAUAAUGUAUUGAUGAAUUCUAUGUUCGGAGACAUAAAUAUUUCCAAAGAUCAAAACUACUUUGUUGACAUCGUUGCAUUCUCGUCUAUUUUAAGAUGGACAGAUAUUAUUGGACUCUUGCGUGCUCGAAUAGCUUUCCAGUACGCGACUUGCGACUUCGAUACCAAGACGCUUCAGAAUUAUAUGUUCCUUUCGGGUCAGGCUGUUGCGUACAAGAUAGUUUUUACUUCUUACAGCAGUCUGAUGAAGGAUGCAUUCUCAAAACAAGAGCAAAGCACCGAGGAAUACCUGAACGAAGUAAAGAACUCGGCUUGGGAUGAUUUAUUUAGAAAGCAGUGCGUGUCUUUGUCAAAAGAAGAUCGAUUGUCAUUAGGAUUGCUGUGGUUUAAAAACAUUACAAAAUUCAUCGAUUUUGCUUUUGAUGUGAAACAACGGCAGUCGGAAAUUCUAACUACCAAGAUGCUCAAACGGAAGUCUCAGGCAGCGUAUGAUUUCAAUCUAUACCUCUCGGUGCAGAUCGUCGCCACCAUUUUGUGUUUCGUUCUGACCACGUGGUACAUCAUCUGCAUCGAUAAAGUAACGUUUAAAAUUGCCAAGCACGCACUGACAAUUAAAUCUCAGAGCCGUGAGCUUUUGGUGGAGAAGCGACUGUCUGAGAAACUACUGUUCCAGAUGCUACCCAGGAACAUAGCAACUGCACUGAAAGAAACGGGCGAGGUUACUGCCGAGUGUUUCCAGGAAGUGACGAUUCUGUUUAGCGACAUUGUCAACUUCACAGAGAUGGGGUCCAGAAGUACCCCGAUGCAGAUCAUUGAUUUGCUUAAUGAUUUAUAUGGUCUGUUCGAUGACCAUAUCGAAAAGUACGACGUCUACAAAGUGGAAACCAUUGGAGAUGCUUACAUGGUGGCCAGUGGAGUUCCGGUUCUGAAUGGAAAUGCGCAUGCAACCCACAUCUGCAAUCUUGCCCUUGACCUUCAACAAUUAAUGAAGGAGUAUCGUGUUCCAGGGUCAUUCCAAAGAAAAGAAGAAGUGAAGAUAAGGAUCGGCAUUCAUUCAGGUCCCUGUGUCGCAGGAAUCGUCGGCCGGAAGAUGCCGCGGUAUUGUCUCUUUGGCGACACCGUUAACACCGCCUCUAGAAUGGAAUCCACAGGUCAAGGCGGACGUAUUCAUUUGAGCUCAGACACGUACAAGCUUAUCAAACAGACAGGGAUAUUUACGACAGUGCUUAGAGGUGUUGUUACGGUCAAGGGAAAGGGUGAGAUGACGACAUACUGGCUUAUUUCUUCCUGUCAGAGCUCUCAGGUGAAAAUCCGGGAAAUAGUGCAGGCUGAAAAUAGCGGUAAAACGCGCGGAGGAGUACAGUUUAUAUAGAGAGAAGCACUGUCUUUUUGUCAAGACUAUUGAUAAUGGAGCAAGAUUUACACAUUUCAUUGAUUUCGUACCAAUAAAAUGAACUGAAAAAGUAUACGAUUUCUUAAUGAUGUUCCUGAGACAGGUACAUGUUAAAGGUUACUGUAAGGUAACUGAUAUGUAAUUGACAUGUGACUGAAAGGUUACUGAUAUGUAACCGACAGAUGACGGAAAGGUGACUAACAGGUAAUUGAAAACUACGUGUAACUAAAAUGUGACUGAAUUGCAUACUUCUGUCAUUUUGUCAAAUCUUUCAGUUUCAUGUAACAUCAGUUGACUUCAUUCUGUGUCUUUUAUCUUGUACAGUG